CCUUGGCUCGUCCCGCCGACCAUUUGCUUUGCCCGUUGAGUCACACUAGCGCAACUGUGCAAGCGCGCUCCUCCUUAAACGCAACGUUGCUCGCACACACUCACCUGCCGGCCAGUAAUUACUCCCCUGCUUCCCCCGAGAAACAGAGCCAGAGAGAAAUCGCAAGAAACGCAAGCUUGAGAGAGGGAGAAGGGCAUCGAUCGAGAGAUCGAGAGGAGGAGCGUGGGAUCGAGAUGGCGGACUGGGGCCCCGUGGUGAUCGCGACGGUGCUGUUCGUGCUGCUCACGCCGGGGCUGCUGUUCCAGCUGCCGGCGCACGGCCGGAUCGUGGGGUUCGGCACCAUGCACACCAGCGGCAUCGCCAUCCUUGUCCACGCCGUCCUCUACUUCGCCCUCAUCACCAUCUUCCUCAUCGCCAUCGGCGUCCACAUCUACGCAGGCUAGCUCCAGCUCCACUUCGGCAUCCGAUUCCUUCCGAGUUUCAGUCCCUCGUCUCAUCUCAUCGGUUCUAUUCCAAUCUAGUAUAUGUGAUGCUCGCCUAUGUCGGCUUGGUUGCUCAUGCUGCCUAGAAACUACUGUAGUUGGUAGUUGUAGUAUUGUUGAUGUUCGUGGUGGCGGUGGUGUAUCUUGUUAAAUUGCUGCAGGGAACCAUCUGGAUAUUGCAUGCAGUGUACUGUAUUGAGGGGAUUAUCUUAUCUGUCCUUUCCUUUCCUUUGAUCUGCUUGGCUGUGCCUGUGCUUUGGUUCGGGGAAAGAAUAGGACUACUAGUACAGUCACCAUGAACGGUGGUAUGUUCCGUGUA